GUGGAUUUUAAAUUUUUAAUUGUACUGCUAUGAUUUGAGCCUAAUCGGGUCCCAUUCAAAUUCGCUAAAGCUCUUGAAACUGGCAAGAGAUGUGCCAUUGAGGAUGACAGUGGGGCGCGGCCGUUGAAUUGAUACCAUUGACAUUCAACUGCUAUAUAAUUUCAGUACGUGACGUCCUCAGCGCAAUAAGCUUCGCACUGAAGUGGUCAAAUACGACAAGUUCAGCUGUAAUUUCAUACAUAUAAGUUCCACUUCACCGAAACAACUUUAUCUUAUGAGGUACUCUGCUCCACCCGUGUUAACGUCCUCAAUCUCGAUCUCAUCUAAUGGACUGUAUCUGAAACGAGCAGACAGAAAAUUCCUGCUCUCAAACGGAACUGGACCAACAAUUGGGGUACUCUGAGUGCUGGAAGCUGUGGACGAUCCUGCUUUGGCUGGCAUCAACUGGUUUGGAGCACAGGGGUGUGGGCCCGGAGGGGCGGGUUUUUCUGACGUUAGAUCUCAUCGUAUGGAUACUUACUGGUUAUCACAUGGGGACCUCCCACAAACUUAAUACUAGGGAUAUAUUUGGCUAGCGUUGGAACUGACACUCUCAUGAUGAAUGAUGUAAAUUAUUUAUUCUUUGUGCGGAUUUCGAGUCCGAGUCGAUCAUCCUCAAUCUUGCGUCGGUCGGCCCAGAUAUCGUCCUGUUCAAAAAAAAUCAAUCGAGAAUUAUUUUGCCACUCAAUCAUGAAUCACGAUCCUUUCCAUUGGGGAAAACCAUUGGAUUCUGUCUAUGGUCCGUACAACACCCAAAUUGCACAGGCCAGCAACCAGCGCCCAGAAAACGUUCGCACCAAUGCCGAAUUCCCUUCCAUGCAUACUCAACAACCGAUGAUCACAGGUACCUCGGUCAUUGCUGUCCGCUAUAAGGAUGGUGUCGUCAUGGCUGCAGAUAACAUGGGUGCCUAUGGAUCCCUGAUGAAGUUAGACGAUGUGGAGAGAAUUAUUAGAGUCGGAUCUGAGACAAUUGUUGGAAUUUCUGGUGAUAUUAGUGACUUGCAGUAUUUGGAGAGAAUUCUAGACGACCUCGCAGUGGAAGACUCCUACGACAUGGAGCAAGAUAAUUUGAAAGCCAGUCACGUUCAUGAAUACCUCACUAGAGUGUUGUACAAUCGUCGGUCUAAGAUGGAUCCGCUGUGGAACGCAUGUAUCGUUGCUGGUUUCGACGAAGAAGGCGAACCAUUUAUGAAAUACGUUGACCUUUUGGGCGUGUCCUACGCUUCCCCAUCUUUAGCAACAGGGUUUGGAGCACAUUUGGCAAUUCCUUUGCUUCGGAAAAAAGCAGAUACCAUGAAAGAUGUUGAGAAGCUCACCAAAGAAGACGCCGUGAGCUUGGUGAAAGACUGUAUGAAGAUCUUGUUUUAUAGAGACGCAAGGUCCUUGGACAAGUACACUUUAUGCGUGGUGGAAAAGACGACAAAGAGUAUUGAGUUCCACAAAAAUGUCAAAUGCGAGGAUAUGAAGUGGGAUUUUGCCAAGCAUAUCACGGGCUACGGGUUACCACAAUUAUAGGUCGUUUCGUCCUUUAUAUGAAAUAACUAAUCCCGGGCAUACAAAUAGUGAAAUUUAUCCGCAAAUCAUGUUUCUGAUUCAAUCUUCUUAGACUCUCAAGUACCUGCUUUCGAGGGUCGCCAAGAUGGUCGAAAGCCUCCUUAACGUGUAUUAUCAGCACAUUGAGACCGGCCAAAGGGUGUUUGGUAGCUUUUUUCUCAAGACAAAUAUUUUGUAAAUUCAGCAGUUCAUUGAUCAGGUUGGUGGGCGUCAUAUGGCCAAAGAGAGGCUGUCCCGGUUUUUUGUCCACAGACGAGCAUUCAAUUACAAUGGCUUUGAGUUUUUUUGAGAGAAUGUGAUCGGCAACUGUUAGCCAUAUGUGUUGAUUGUAUUUGGUGUUUGACGAUAAGUCGCUCUCUACGUCACCGAAAAACAGCAGCUUACCCUUAUCAUUUGUUUCGGUGAACAGAAACGCCGAGCUCUUAUAUAACUCUUUGGGCGACGUGAACCCGUGGCUCACUUGGAACGUUUCCACCGCGAUAGAUUCUGUGAUAUUAAAGUUUUCAGUAUAAGGCUGUAAAUAGUUGAAGGUCAAAUACGACAAUGGUGGCCAAACUUUGCCAUUGAAAAUGUGGUCCUUCAAGUUGUCUAUUGUUUGCUGAGUCCCAUAGAUUGGUGUUUGUCGCGUGAAACAGGGUGAAUUUAUCACGAGUCCCAAGACGUGAUCAAGGUGGGGAUGUGUUAUAAUAUAGGCAGACAUGCAGUUCAGUAUCUCCUUUGCAAGCUGUAGACUGGAAUUGGCAGGAUCCUUUGAGACGUCUUCAAAAGGCUGAGUCUUUAUCAAGUCGUUGUUGUCGCUAUAGUAGCUUGGAUCCUCGGCGUUGCUGUAUAAUUGACUAAAGUAUGAUGAGACCGAAGACGUGUUUUUUCGGCAAUCUGAUAUCAUCUCGGCAAUGGUCUCGAUACCUGCGCCCGCCUCCAGCGCCAGAAUGCAAUCUAGUUCAUUCUCAAGAGCUUCCUGGAAUGAUAUGGAGGAAGGCUUCAAUAGAAAGGCGCAAGUUUUCCCUGCUACAGGGCCCCCUGAACACCCAAGCACAGUUAAUUCGAACGUGCUAUUAUUCACGCCCAUUGCCGGAUUGUCCGUGAGCUGUGUAUCAACAAAGCCGUGUUUUCUGG